AUGAUACUGUACAUUGUAUUUAUUUUAAGUGUUAUUUUUGUGAUUGGUUUUGUAGGGUUUUCUUCAAAACCUUCACCUAUUUAUGGGGGAUUGGGGUUAAUUGUGAGUGGUGGGGUUGGUUGUGGGAUUGUGUUAAAUUUUGGUGGGUCUUUUUUAGGUUUGAUAGUUUUUUUAAUUUAUUUAGGGGGUAUGAUGGUAGUCUUUGGUUAUACAACGGCUAUGGCUACAGAGCAAUAUCCUGAGAUUUGAGUUUCUAAUAAAGUUGUCUUAGGGGCGUUUGUUACUGGUUUGUUGAUAGAAUUUCUUAUAGUUUGUUAUGUGUUGAAAGAUAAAGAGGUGGAGAUUGUGUUUGAGUUUAAUGGUCUAGGGGACUGGGUUGUUUAUGAUACAGGGGAUUCCGGGUUUUUUAGUGAGGAGGCUAUGGGGAUUGCGGCUUUAUACAGUUAUGGGACUUGGUUGGUUAUUGUGACUGGGUGGUCGUUAUUAAUUGGGGUUGUGGUUAUUAUAGAAAUUACUCGUGGAAAUUAA